GGCUACUACAGCUGUCAAUCACGGUGUCCUUGACGCCCACUUCCGCCAGGCGUCAGAGGGAGUGCUGUUUUAGCUUGUUUCCAGGUGAAUUUGACCUUUAUUCCUGAGGGCUGCCGUCCGGCUGCCUGGGAUGUUCGGAGAGAGCGGCUGCACGGCAGGGACCGGGCCGGCGAUGGAAACAUGACCGCGGAGUGACGUCGAGCUGCUUUCCCCCCAUUAUCACUCACUAAGCAUGAACAGCGAAGAGGAAUUUUUCGACGCUGAAACAGGGCUGGAGUCAGACGACUCCUGUGAAGUCAGCUUCAAAGAUGCGCUGCUGUUUGACAGCAAGCAGGUGACGGAGGGCAGACAGGAGAAUGGAGUGUGGGAGCGCAGGAAAACCUUGCCGGCUCUAAUGAUUUCCCGGAACAAUUUCAGUGUUUGGAGCAUCCUGAAGAAAUGCAUCGGCAUGGAAUUAUCCAAAAUAGCCAUGCCAGUUGAGUUUAAUGAGCCGCUGAGCUUUCUCCAGAGAAUCUCGGAGUACAUGGAACACACUCACCUCAUCCACAAAGCCUGCAGCUUGUCGGACUCAGUGGACCGGAUGCAGGUAGUCGCUGCUUUUGCUGUUUCAGCCGUAGCAUCUCAAUGGGAAAGGACCGGAAAGCCGUUUAAUCCUUUGCUGGGGGAGACGUACGAGCUCAUAAGAGAGGACGAGGGGUACAGGUGGAUCUCGGAGCAGGUGAGCCACCACCCCCCAGUCAGUGCCUUCCACGCCCAGUCUCUGAAGCAGGAGUUCGAGUUUCACGGCUCCAUCUACCCAAAGCUGAAGUUCUGGGGCAAAAGUGUGGAGGCCGAGCCCAAAGGCACCAUGGUGCUGGACUUACUAAAACAUAAAGAGGCGUACACGUGGACAAACCCAAUGUGCUGCGUUCAUAACAUCAUCUUGGGUAAACUGUGGAUCGAGCAGUACGGAACAGUGGAGAUAAUCAACCACAGCACAGGAGAUAAAUGUGUGCUGAACUUCAAACCAUGUGGGAUGUUUGGGAAGGACCUGCACAAAGUGGAAGGAUACAUUCAAGACAAAAGUAAGAAGAAGCGGCGGGUGAUCUAUGGGAAGUGGACAGAGUGUAUGUACAGUGUUGACCCUAAGAUCUAUGACACGUACAAGAAGUCAGACAAGAGGACAGCAGGUGACUCGAAGGGGUUGAAACAGGACAACAGCUGUGAAGGUGAAGAAGCAGACGAGAUGCCAGACGCUCAAGAGACUGUAACUGUGAUACCAGGAAGUGCCUUAUUGUGGAGGAUCACGCCACGGCCGGCUUACUCAGCGCAGAUUUACAACUUCACCAGCUUCGCUGUGACGCUGAAUGAGCUGGAGCCGGGCAUGGAGAAGCUUCUGGCCCCGACAGACUGCCGGCUGAGGCCCGACAUCAGAGCCAUGGAGAACGGAGACAUAGAACUGGCCAGUGCAGAAAAAGAACGUCUAGAGGAGAAACAGAGGGCAGCACGGAGGGAGCGGUCCGAAGAAGAAGAGACGUGGUUGACGAGGUGGUUCCAGCUGGGAGUAAACCCUCACACAGGAGCAGAGGACUGGCUCUACACAGGGGGAUACUUUGACAGGAAUUACUCCGACUGUCCCAACAUUUAUUGACGUGCUGAGAGCGUCAGAUAGGAUUCACUUCAUUUUUUUUUUAAUAACAUCUUAGAUUUGCCAUGGCUCGACGCUCGCUGCGUCUUUGCGAUAAUCCCCACGGAUUUCUGCUUGUCAACUUAUCGACAAAACUCUCUCGGAGAAACGGUCAUAUUAGAGAAUUUUAAGAAAAAUAUAUAAAAUGUAAAAGUUUUUCAUUGUUGGUCUGAACACAAGUGAUGAUCAGCUUUUGAGCGUGGAGCUAACUCACUGUAGAUCGUUGCUCAGACGUUCCACACACUUCAUACUCAUUCAAAUAUCAGGGGUUAUGUAAAAAUCCAUGAGCCGCCUUUGUCUAACCAACCCAGAAAUGAGAUGUUUAUUUUAUUUAACCGUCACAAAUAUGUGUAGGUUUUUUUUCUGUGAAUAGAGACCUAACGGUAGAAUCCAAAGCUGCUUGUAACCAAGUUUACUGCAACAGUAAACCCCUAACGUAGGUACAUAAAGUGUUGUCUGCUGUAAAAUAGAUAUGUAUAGUAGUCAGUGCAUGUUUGCCCACUGAGAUGUUUAUAUACACAACGUAAAGCCAUACAAUAAUUCUGCACUGUGUAGAAGUUUUUCCCACAUUAUAAAAAAAAGAUAAAAGAUUUCAAACUCCUCCCACUUUUGGGGACAUCUGAGCCUAUAAAAUCAUGUGUUGCCAUGGUUAUAAAGCUUUAAGCUACAAGGUUAAACAAUUGGUGCCAAUUAAUUUAUGCCAAAAUUAUGCCGGCAUUUUAAUUCUUUUUAUUUUUUUGCUGUGUACUUUCUGGGACUGGAAUCCUUAAGUACAGAAGCUGCACGUUGUGCAGUCAUGUCAAUCCAAGAGCGUAACUCGUGUUCACGUUUGUCAUGUGACUGCGUGUCCCUCAAAGUUUCCACUUGAAAACAGUAAGGUGUGUUUAGGUGGAAAAACUAUGCAAACUUCUCCGUCUGCAGCCUCCUAAAAUGUGAAAAACAAACAAUUCUGUUGGUGUUCUGCUUCACAUGAGUCCCGACACUCCAGAGGCAGCAGUGACGUUGAAUGCAGUACCUGUUGGAUGUUUUGUUAUCCUUGUUUUUAAGCACUAAUGUUGCAAACAACUGCACAUCUGAAUGCGAGAAGUCCCACGCACAUGUAGGUGAAAUCUGCCCCUCUGCUUCUCCUUUACCUCUGAACUUAAAGCACUUUGUGAAGCCUAAGGUUCAGUCUCAUUGUUCUCAUUUACCCUAUUUUUUAUUUUUAUUUUUGUCGAACAUAAUUAAAAAAAAUGUUUACAUGAUUGGUUACUUCACACCCCCUGGACUCGUUCUCACUCCUAUGCAUACCAACCACAUGGAAUGAAUAAAUUAUGGACAACAAAACGA